UCUUCUAAACAACAACAAGAGCUCUACCAUAAAGCGCUUAAAUCCUUUUCUUUGCCUGCGUAAAAGUUACUUCGGUAGUCUCAUGGGCUGAGUUCCAAUGGGCAAAUAUUAGUUAGAUUAACUCCACAUAUCAAUAAUUAGGUCUAACAGAAAAAAAUAUCAUCAAUUAAAACGAAUGCAUCUGCGCGUAAAACGCAGCUAUCAGCGCAUUUCCCUGCAACUCUAAACACCACAGAAGUGUUGCAAUGGAAAAGUCAAAGAACUUCAGGAUCGACGCCCUUUUAGCCGAAGAACCACAUCGAGGGAACCGAGAAGUUUCACCUGGACUGAGCAGCGACAGCCCGACUGGGAGUCCGGUGUCCUGCAGGCGCGGUGACACCCCGUCCCCCCGUGGGACCCCUGGUGCCAUACACCUCCAAACCGGGAUCAUACCAAAACCAGGGCUGCUCAAUCUCCCUCACCCGGGACUCACUUCUAUCCCAGGCAUGUACACGACACCCAUGUACCCGAUUUCAGCGUUGGGAGGUCAGCACCCUGCCCUGGCGUACUCGGGGUUCACUCAGCUGACGCAGCCGUACCCAGAGCAGCUGAAGGCGGCGGCGAUGGCCGGAUCUUUACCGCUGGAGCACUGGAUACGAGCUGGCAUCAUGGUUCCACGACUGCCCGAUUACACCUGUGAGUGGGGUAGCAUUCAGAUGACUGCCCCUCAGUCUGGUUUGAUGGGUAAAUGUCGAAGACCUCGGACAGCAUUUACUAGUCAACAACUACUGGAGCUGGAAAACCAGUUUAAACUUAAUAAAUACCUUUCCAGACCCAAACGCUUCGAAGUGGCCACAUCUCUCAUGCUGACUGAGACACAGGUGAAGAUCUGGUUCCAGAACCGGCGGAUGAAGUGGAAGCGCAGUCGUAAAGCUAAAGAGCAGGCGGCGCAGGUGGAGGUGGAGCGGCAGCGUGGAGGAACCAAAGCCGGCGGACGGGAGAGCAGACGUGCUCCAGCAGCUCCCAGUGUGGAGGAACAGGAGGAAGAGGAGGAGGAAGAGGAGAUAGAUGAAGAUGAAGAGGACGAGGAGGACGGACAAAACAAGUUCAUCAACAACAGCCUCAGUGUGUCCCGAUCCACAGACUUUCUGCAUCACACCGCAGCGUUAUAUCAUCCCGACAGCCCCUUCUCUGAGGACGACAUUGAGGAGCUGCAUGGGGGAGAGAGGAAGAUCCGUGCUGGGUUAUGAAGACGUGUUUAAAUGACUAUGACUCUAUGGUAGCAUUAAGGUUAAACAUCAGACUGUAUAAAGACAAACUUUUAGACAUUUACCAGUGAUGGCACUGGAUAUUGGAGAGUAGAGGAAUCUCACUGGUGUUUGAGGAGACAGAGAAACUCAAGUGUUUAAUAUAACAAAUAACAUAUAUUUAAGCUGUGUUCCAAAAUCUGUAGACAUCUUGCAAAAAUUUUAAGGCAUUAUGGGAGAUUUUCUUACA